AGAAAAUGACCAGAGCCUGCUGGGACCUGAACCAGAGAUGAGAUUUUUAUGACACAGUAUUGUCUGCAUCUCCAUAAGAAGUCAGAAGCGUCAGAAAACAGUCUCCUGGUCUAAGCUGCUUGAGUGGACUGAUCCAACCGUAUUAAGGGCCUUUGAGAACCAAAUUCUCAGGCACUUCUGAGGGGAGUUGAAUAGACGGACACCUGUGGGUGACCUGACUUUAUUAUGGAACCUGAGGACUUUGAUUCUGAGGACAAAGAGAUACUAAGCUGGGAUAUUAAUGAUAUGAAACUACCACAGAAUGUGAAAAAGACCGACUGGUUCCAGGAAUGGCCAGAUUCCUAUGAGAAGCACAUCUACAGCUCAGAGGACAGGAACGCGCAGCGGCACCUGAGCAGCUGGGCGAUGCGCAACACCAACAACCACAACUCGCGCAUCCUCAAGAAGUCCUGCCUGGGCGUGGUGGUGUGCAGCCGCAACUGCUCUGCCGAAGAGGGGCGCAAGAUCUACCUGAGACCUGCCAUCUGUGACAAAGCCCGGCAGAAGCAGCAGAGGAAACGCUGUCCCAACUGCGACGGGCCUCUCAAGCUGAUUCCUUGCCGAGGCCAUGGGGGCUUCCCGGUCACCAACUUCUGGAGGCACGAUGGACGCUUCAUAUUUUUCCAGUCAAAGGGAGAGCAUGAUCAUCCAAAACCAGAAACCAAGUUGGAAGCGGAGGCAAGAAGAGCGAUGAAGAAGGCGCAGACAGCGUCUUCCUCCGUCUCCCUAAAGCUGAAGGGAGGCCCAGAGACAAAGUCUCUUCCAGGGGAAGCGCAAACUUGGGGAAGUUUGCCUUUAACUUGGUCUUUCCAGGAAGGCGUCCAAUUGCCUGGUAGUUACAGUGGACAUUUAAUAGGUAACGCGCCCCAGCAGAAGUCCCUGAAUGAUUGCUUAUCCUUCUCCAAGGGUUAUGGUUUGGGGGGAACCACUAAUCUGGCAGACCCCACUUCCACCUUGGGCCCCAAGCUCUAUGAGAAGUGCAAAUUGUCCAACAGUCGGAUCUGCAACAAUGGGGACCUACUUCAGCCUGUCUCCGGAGUCUUCUCUGACUACAGUGAUCUGCAACCAUGGAAUAAAAACACUGCUUUGGGGAGAAAUCCUCUUAACGACAACUGUUGUCCCAAUUACCCUUUUCCUCUGACCAGCUGGCCUUACGACCUCUCUCCUUCCCAGAACUCUUCAGAACCCUUUUUCCAGCAGAUUCCAGUGGAACCUCCUGCAGCCAAAACUAGCUGUCACCCAUUAUGGCCAAAUCCAGGGGGUGACCUCUAUGAAGAGAAGGUGCAUGUGGAUUUUAACAGCUACUAUCCUCCCGCCACAUGCCACUCACCUCAGGAAGACCCCUUUCUCCUCACCUACACCUCCCAUCCUCACCAUCAAUAUUCGCUGCCAGGCAAGAGUAGCAAAUGGGAUUUUGAUGAAGAAGUGAGGUGCAUGAGUUUGGAUCACUGCAACACGGAAAUGCUUCUAAACCUCUGCCCUCUAAGAUGAUCCAAACCUGAACCCUUGAGCACUGUGAGUGGGAAUAUAAUUUGGUGCAGCCAUUGUAAAAAGCAGUAUGGAGGUUCCUCAAAAAAUUAAAUGUAAAACUACUAUAUAAUCCAGCAAUCCCAC